AGCACCUGUUGCCGUUGCGUUCCGUGCAAGCCUGCGUUUACAUUUGUGUGUUUUUGCCGUUUUCGCUUAUAGAUUUUUAUUGCGUCGAAAGUUGAGGGUGGAUCGACAUAAACAGAAUACUGCAAAUGGGGAAUACAAGUUCAAAAGGCGAUGCGGACGGCAGUGAACCGCCGCUGGACGGUGGGAAACAUAAACAACAGCAUAAAUCGAAUACAAAUGUGGCGAAUGCGACGCAAAAUGGCAAUAACAAUGGCAACGAUGUAUUGACAAGGAACGGAGGAGGGGGCGGGGGCGUUAACAGUGACAGCAAUAACAGCAGUCUCAAGGUUCAACAACAACAACAAACAAUGACACGAUCAGCCUCAGGUGCCGAUGUAACCGAAAAAUAUCUGACUCAGUUGGUGCCUGUGGAGAAAUUGGCGGAAAUAUUAAGAGAAACGACGCUAGCAAAAUACGGCAUUAAUGGCAUUGUAGCAGACGUUUUUGUUUCACAAGUUUUUCCACAAUACGCCGAUUUGGGACAACGUCUUUUUCAACUGAUGCAUAUUUAUUCCCGAGCGACAACUAAGCACUUGGGCGCCGUGGCCUUUCGGCAACAAUGCGAGCGUUUUCUGGGCAUUAUGGAUGAUGCCAAAGUACUUGAGUUGUAUAUUAAAAUGUACGCACAGCAGGAUAAUCCAGAUUUCAUAGAUAAAACAGGUGUUACUCGCCUACUCCACAUAUGCUACACAAUUGCUAUGCAGCACUCUGGCAAUGCGGUUCUCUGCACAGCUAUUAAUCGCACCUUUGGAUCGGUUACAAAGUCAAUAUUCCUAUGCCACGACAGCCUGAGUCUAGGCUAUGUUUGCCGUUGGUUCGAGCAGAACCUCAUACGUCUGGUCCUUCUCGUGCACAAGUAUUGUGUGCACACACUCUCCACCGCGUAUCGCGGCCUGGAGCAACAGUCACAAUCGUGCGGCAUUGAGUUGCAGACGCCAGUACUGGAGCAACGAAAUCCUUUUGCCGCAGAUGCCACGGAUAGCAGCGGAGCGAACGGUGGUUCUCUUGAGUCACUGAUGCCGCUGUCGCAGGCUUGGCUUCUUGCUGGUGCUCUACCACCGCUCUACUCCAAGCCCCAAACCAUAUCGCCACAGUCGAGCAAAUCGAACAAUUCAAGUGCCUCGUCUGCAGUGCAAAUAUUCAAGGAUAAACUGUCGAUGAUGCCCUCGCACUGGACCCUGCUGUACGAUUCAAAUGAGCAUGGUGUGGGCGCCAAUCGCUUUCUGCACCAUGUGCUGGGCUAUCGCGGCCCGACACUUGUGCUGCUGCACACAAACGAUGAUCAGACGUACUGCAUUGCGGCGCCCAGUGAGUGGAAGGAGACGCAUUUGUUUGUGGGCGGCGAGGGCUGUUGUGUCAUUCAGCUUAUGCCCAAGUUUGAGAUACUGGAGAAGAAGCCGAACAUACUCUAUCUUAAUACCAGUAUACGUGGCUAUCCUAAAGGAUUGCGCGCUGGCGCUGAUCCCCGUAAGCCUAUUCUGGCGGUCGAUGAGCAUUUCGAGAAUGUUGACUGCAAAGGCAUUGCUGCAAGAUUGAAUUCCAUCGAGGUCUGGGGCUGCGGCGAUAAAACAUCACGUGAAGUGCAAUUGGAUAUUAAGAAAUGGCAAAUAAAGGAAGCGGAACGUCAACGUACAGUCAAACUAACGGCGGCCGAUUGGAUGGAUCAUCCGGAUCGUUAUCUGCUGGAGUUGGGCGGCAGGCAGAAUUACAACAAUUGAGCCUGUCUGUCACGUGUAGUUCUACAAAAUAAAAGCAAUGUCUCUGUGUGGUGCCUCUCACGCGGAUUUUGAACGCGUUAUACGUUUAUACUUAUUAUAUGUCAUGUAUAUUAUUCAUACUAUUAGCUGCGCGCGGUUUUUUAUGACUGGACUGAAUAUGUUUUUUGUACCUUGUGCAAGUUGCGAUUGAUAUACGAGCAUGUUUCUAUCAGCAAACUAAUUGUGUUUGAUUUGAUUUGAAAUAUCUAUGUAUGUGUAAUUGAAUUGGUAUUGUAUAUUUUAUAGUCAUUGUCGAAUGCAAUGCCAUUUUAUUGUUUGUUUAUAUGUAUUCUAUCUCUGCAUUCCCAAACUGUAUUCUUUUAUUCGUCUACGUCUACGUCAUCAUUGUCGUUCUUUAAAAGCCGUCUUUAUAUAUAUUUAUACUCCUAUUUGUGUUUUAUCGCUUCAAUUGUCAGGUAUUUUAGUAUAUUUCUGUUCCGAAAUUAAAUGCAAGUAUUAUUGAAAAGACAACAACAAGAAACACUAAUGCUUAAAAAUAAAACGCAAUUCACAAAACAAAA